UCAAUUCUUCCUCCAUUUCAUUUCCUCUGCAAACUUUCCCCCCCUAAGUUUUUUUUUCCUUUCCCUCUAAACUUUGCCGGAAAAUCAAUCAACCCCAAUGCCAUAAUAAAAAAUUUCAAUUUUCUCUCACCGUUAAUAACUAAUUAAUUGCACCUUCAGCAUCCGCCGAUCGCUUUCGUUUCUCUAUCUCUCUGCGGAAAUGAAGGCGUGGGAUUUCGACGACGUGAAAGCAGAGAAAGCGAGCGCGAUGCGAAGGUACAAUCGCCUCCGGAGCGUUGCCAAACUCUUUCGCUUCGCCGAGCUCGGCGCCGGCGUUGUCUUCGUCUCAUGGACCUUCUCUCGUCUCCCCUUCGCCCUCACUCUCUCGCGCGACUACUUCCGCCUCCUCUCCGGCGUCGUUUCGAGCCCCCUCUUCGUCUUCUUCCUCUGCCACGUCAUCAUCGCAUCUCUCGUCCUCAAGUCCCGCCACGUCGCCCCGGCUCAUAACCACGACGACGCCGUCGAAGCCAAGCUCUACGAGGAGCUCAUAGAAAACGGCGGUGGCGGCAGCGGCAGCAGUUCGAAGUCUCAGUUUGGAGACGACGUCAUUUCGGGCGUGAAGGAGGAGGAGGAGGUUGUGUACCAGGACAAGCAGAUCGUUUCCGAGGUGAACUCGGCCGAUCCGAAAGCGGACACUGACUCGACCUCGGACUCGGAAUCGGAGUUUCCGAAGAUUAUUCGGAGGACGAGGUCGGAGAAGUUCGAGAGAGAGCCGAAAACGGCGAAGCUACGGCGAUCGGAGACCGAGAUUGGCCGGAAUAUCAUGAGGGCCGGCGAGGAUUAUCCGCCGGAAAAUAUGGAGGAGGAGGACAAUCUGAGUAACGAGGAGUUUCAGCGCACCAUAGAAGCUUUCAUCGAGAAGCAGUUGAAGUUUCGUCACCAGGAGUCUCUGGCCAUUGUUCUUCCAAACAAGAGCUAAUUUGAAUUAAGAAAAAAAAAAAAAAAAAAGUGGAGAGAGAGAGAGAGAAUUAAAAUGUUGGUUAAUUGGAUGUAAGCCACGGCACGGCUACCUGAGGUUAUGUACAGUAAUUUCUGGUUGAAAUAAUCUUGCUACAAUCUCUUUUUUGCUGAAUUAA